AUGCUAAUGAUGGGAGGUGAAAAUCCAUUAAUUAUUCAUGCCUGUCGACUGAGAAGGCAGAUCCUGGCUUUUCCUGUUACCAUUGCAACAAGUGGCUGCUGGCCUAGUCAGAACAAGGCCAUAAAACAUUUCAACAGAAACAGACUAGAGAUCACAAUUAUGCCUUCUGGAGAAAGGAAACCGAUGUUCCUGAACUGUACAGAACACAUUCAGAUGGAUUUAAAAGCUAAACCUUAUUCAAAAUGGACCCAGGAAACCAAGCCUUUUGUGUCUCAAAUUUACUUUACCAUAAACAACUCCUCUUUGGAGAAAGAAUGUUGCUUUGGAAUCGGAGAAAAACAGUUUGGUGCUAACGAUCCAAAAGAACUCAAAAGCCGUCAGCACAAUAAUGCUGCAGAGAAAGAAUCAGACUCCACUAAGGAGUCUCUGGCAUCACAAAACACAAAAAUGAUUUCAUCCAUAGUCAUUUCACAGUUGAUUGAUGAGACUAAAUCAAAAGAAAAUGGGUCUGCUUUGCCGAUGCAGUCUGUGAUCACUCAGCCUAAUGCUUAUCAUAUGAAGCAAUCUCUGGCUAAUGAUAGUUCAGUCAACAUUAAUAGAGCAUUCAUGUUACUUCCCAGCAGAUUAGGUAUUCAGGAAUCUUUUGAUGACAACGUAUCUAGAACAGACUCUCAUAAAAAAGGAUUCGCAUCCAUAACAGUUACUGCUAGACGGGUUGUUCCACCUUUUAACAACCCAGUGCAGGUAGCUGUUACUGAUUCUCUGCGUUUGAAAUGCUGGGGAGGUGAUGUUCUAAUGAACACUACUGCUACUUCAAACAAAGCAGGACGAGCUCAGCACUGCAAACCUUUGCAUAAUCAAGAAUCUUAUAUAAACCGAUAUGCCACCAGAUUAAAGGUUUCUGAAUCUUAUUCACAAGUAUAUGAAGGGCAUGGAGACUGGAUUUUUAACACUGAAAACAAAGAAAACAGAACAUUUCCUCCAGGCAGCAAUCACAGGAAAAAAACACCAGUUUCAUUCACUUCAUCUGUUCACUUCAAAAUUUCCCAGCACUGUCCAAAUACAAUCUAUUACUUUGACAAGUCACUUUCUGUAUGUAUUGACCAACUUCAAAUUAAAAGCCAAAAAAUUCAUAGAUCAAUAUUGUCCUUCAAUAUAAAUUGCAGUUCACCCAGAUUAACACCAGAUGGAGCAGAUGGCAUAGCUAAUGAAGAGUCAAUAGCAGAGAUACUUAAAACAAAGCUCCCAGAAGAAAACAAGACUCCACUCAGAACAAAUUCAAAUGCAAAUUUAAAAGAAAAUAAUGUAGAUAAAAAACAGACAGCAGAAAAGGAAUAUUUGGGUACUGCAUGCCCUUGGAAAGGUACAUCUCCCUCUGACUGUCCAGCAUUUGUGGAUACACCCAAAGGAACUAAUAAUUUAAUAGUCACAAAGCAAAAAGAAGAUAAUUCUGAUGAACAGUGUACUGGCAAUGACAUCAAAUUGUCCAUUCAGGUUCCUAAGUGGAGUUAUGAGGCAGGACUGCAAACUUUUUCUGGAAGCCACAGGAGGCAGUACACUAAAGACAAGUAUAAUGCAACUGCUCCUGCUUCCCUUAUGGAGCAAGCUCCCAAAAAUGAAUUCAGGGCUGAUGUUGGUGGCUCUUUGAAAGACAGAGAUCCAUCCAAAGGCACUUCAAAGUCCAAAGAGAUUCGAGCACAAAGCUUUCUGAAACCAAAAAUCUCUGUGUCUGAUUGUGUAUGUGAUAUAAAGGCCUUAUCAAAAACUGCACUGGAAGAAAAUGAUGUCCACAGGAAAAAUCAGUUCCCAAAAGGUGAUUACAAAUUCAGUGGUUCAGUUGACAAAAUAAAGGAUUGUAGGAAGAGUGACAAACAAGAGACGGCCAGCAGGGUAACAACCUCCGCAGCUCACUCACCAGAUGUUACUCAUGAGAAACAAGAAGCAUUCACACAGCCAGAAAUCUAUGCUGAGCCUGAGAAAAUUCCAUCCAGCCUAUUGACUCUAAGGGAGGCUCUGGAAGUCCAUAAACCUCAGUUUAUUUCUCGUUCACAAGAACGGUUGAAAAAACUUGAACACAUGGCACAACUGAGGAAAACCCAGCAGAAUGACACUCCAGAAAAGCAAGAAGGAGCUCUUCUUCCUCGAAAACUUUCCUCAACAUCCAUUUCUAACAAAAAGAAGCAAUAUACCGUUCCUCACCCUCUCAGUGAUAACCUGUUCAAACCAAAGGAAAGGUUCAUUUCGGAGAAGGAGAUGCAGAUGAGAUCUAAAAGGAUUUAUAAUAACUUGCCUGAAGUGAAAAAGAAAGAAGAAGAAAAACAGAAACGAAUCAUCAUACAGAGCAACAGACUACGGGUGGAGGUCUUCAAAAAGCAACUACUGGACCAGCUUCUUCAAAGAAAUACGGAGUGACAAAGGAGACCAUUGGAUCUUGAAUGUCUUUGACUAUUAGAUAAGACAUAAAAUUUAGCAUUAUCUUAA